CUGAAAAAAACCCCGAUGCAGUGUAUCCUGAUGGACGUUAUGCAUUUUCGUCAGAAUAUGAUUUAACUACGGGCAAGAGUCGUACUCUUAAUUUAAAAACGAACACUUUCUGUUCGGCAGGGUCUUUCUUCGAAAAUGGUACUUUGAUUGAAUCUGGCGGCGCUGAAGAUACUUUUGGCGCACAGAAAGGUUUCCAGUCUGUUCGUUUAUUCACCUCAUGUGAUAAUGAUAAUUGUGAUUGGUUAGAGUUUCCAGCAUAUAUGAAAUCAUCAAGAUGGUAUAACACUAUGGUAACGCUUCCUGAUGGUAGAGUUUUCAAUAUUGGUGGAUCAACAGAAGCCAUAAGUAUUAAUGACUAUUGGGUCAACAAUCCUACAUAUGAAUUUUUUCCAAAAGAAUCUAAUAGUUCUAGUAGUGUAAAGUUUCAAUUUCUUGUAGACACGUUGCCAUACAAUCUAUAUCCAUCAGUAUUUGUGCUUCCCGGUCCACCAAAUCAAACUUGGCUGUACAUAUCAGCAAACAAGAAAGCCAUAAUUUGGGAUUAUGUUGCACAAAAAAUUGUUAAAACCUUGCCAGAUAUUCCUGGUGGCCCACGCACGUAUCCGGUUACCGGUACUAUAUUUCUUUUACCAUUACACUACGAAGAUAAUUAUACUGCUGAAAUUGUCGCUUGUGGUGGAUCUGCUGAACAAAAACCUGAUUCUAAAAGUGAAAAUGAUUGCGCAAGACUUAAUUUAGCCCUACCUAAUUCUAAUUGGACUUUAGAACCUUUUGGUGAUUUCGGUACUGGACGUUUGAUGGGUGAUUACAUUCAUAUGCCUGAUGGAAAAGUGCUUAUCGUAAAUGGUGCUGGUAUGGGUUAUGCUGGUUGGGAUAAAGGUGACAUUACCAAUAGACAACAUGUUGCAAGGUUACCUCAAAAAAUACCAUUACUUUAUGAUCCAAAAGCCCCUAAUGGUUCUCGUUUCACCAGGAUGGCCGAAGCAAAGUAUGUUCGUGUUUACCAUUCAACUGCAACUUUAAUCCCGGAUGGUACAGUUUUUAUCGCUGGUAGUAACCCAAAUCCUGCGUAUUGUGUUACCUGUGAAUAUCCUACAGAAUAUCGCGUGGAAAUUUUUACUCCUCCAUAUCUUUUAAAUGGCACCCCUCGGCCUAUCAUCAGAAAUAUCGCGGGUACGACAGUCUUCAACUCGCUAAUACCAAUUCAAACGACGUAUGGUGAGAUAGUCACCAUAUUAAUCGAUCUGAAUGAUCCCAAUGCAAAAAUUACUGCUGCUUUAAUUCAUCAUGGUUUCGUUACACAUUCUCAACACAUGUCUGCUAGAUAUGUGAGCUUACAAAUUCAAAACCAAAUACCAAUCCCAUCAGGAUACGCCGUUGACGUCUCUUUACCACCACAUCCUAAUAUUAUGCCACCAGGGCGGCAUCUUUAUAUUUAUAUUUUAAAUAAGGGAACGCCAGCUAAUACUGCUAUUGAAAUUAAUCUCAAGAGAUCUUAA